CCCUAUGCUUCGGUGCCUUCCUAGCGGCACUCAUCUUUGUUUGUUUUGAGCCUCGUUAAAUACAUAUAACUGCACGUUGAUCUUCUGCAUCUUGGGAACACGCCACUAAUCGCUGUCAUGCGACCUGAGCGCCACACAUUGUAAGCGGACUUUUGAUCGCAUUUAUCAAAUAUUUAGAAUGCAUUACAUAUACCGUAUUUCCUUGAAUUGCCGCCAGGCAUAUAGUAUGCGCCUGCCUUGAAUUACUGCCGGGUCAAACUCGCUUCGCAAGAUAAUUAGCGCAUGCUUAGUAUUACCGUCGGGUCAAAUUCGUGACGUCACGAGUGACACUUCCCAUGUCAUCAUUUUCAAAAUGGAGGAGGCUGAUUUCAAUCAUUUUAAAUCGCAUAAAGGGAAGAAGAUUAAGAGCUAUUCAGUUGGAUUUAAGGUCCAAGCUAUUGAAUACCGGUAUGCUAAAAAGAACAGUAAGCAGCUAUGUUUUAUUAAUAUACCUGUGGAGCCGACCGUCCGACAGACAGGCAGGGCAUGCUAGCUGUAGCCCUCCCCAAGAUGGCGGCGAGCGAGCGGAAAGGUGGAGCGAAAGAGCAACCUGGACUGAGGUUUUAUUGAAAAAUAAACAAAGUCAAACUGCUCAGGCCAUGUGCUUUCUUGGUGGUCCUGGGAACUUGCAAGAUAACGGCUUGAGACCGUCACAAUACUGUAGCUGCGUCUGUUAAAUAUGAGUCAUUAAAUGACUCCCGCCUCCUGGUGAAAGAGGGCGCUAGUGAUCCUUCUUGCGACAACUUGGCUGCAGAAGAAGUGAAAUAAGUGACGUAAUUGUGCUGGGACAGAUAUGAAGCGGCGGGUGCACGACGGACCUGUGCUGGCUAUGUAAACAACCGGGCUGUUCCAGUCCUAAAUACCCAGUGUAUUAUUUAUACAAAAACAUUCAUGUUGGCAGCGGUGGGAUAAAGAGAUCACCCACGGAGCAGAACGAGAGGGGGAGUUGUCCGAGGAUAAUUCUGUCGUCACCCGCGCCUGAGCUAACUGAUAGCAGCGUCAGAUAGCAGUUUUCUAAACUGGAUUUUCCAUCAUGGCACGAGGUAAUAAAGGAAGAUCUCCAUCGAGACAGAGAGACUUUCAAACUGAAGAAAGAUAAGGAAUACUUUUAUAAACAAGUUAUCGAUGCUUUUGAUCGGAAGGAGCUGGCAUGGAUUUCAUCUAUGAGUAAAGCUCAGCCAGCUUCUUCUUCAGCAGCUCGAUUUCCUGCCUCAGACAGGCUGAAUGCUCCAUUUCCCCAUCCAGAAGACUGCGAAGAGACCUGCCAAAUACAUUAAGUGGACCAAUCAGUGUCACAUGGGAAAGCAAACACACACAGUAGCAUUAUGAUGGCCAAGUUUAUGGUACCACUAGGGAAAAAUUUUUUGCAUUUGGACAAACAGAAAAGCUGACCAUGACAUGAUCAAACUGAUGACAGUAGAUACCUAUUGUGUUAUUAUUACAUAAUACUGUAGGCCUACAUUGUUCUGCAAAUAAUAUUAAUCUUAAUGUUGCUGGAGCUGUUGCCUUAUUUUCAGAGAAAAUAUGUAUAUAUGUUACAAAGUGGUGUUUGUGUAAGAUGGCUGCGGUCUGUAUAGCUUUUUUCUGACAAUCAACUUUGUUUCAAUCCGACCUCAAAACUUGCAGUGAGGCAAACACAAGUUAAUACACGAUCAUACAUCGUAACCGGAAUCACAACAUUAGUUCGACACAGCAUCGAAUGAAUGCAUGCAACAUCUUGGAAUGCUAGCCAGGGGGUCCCAGGGCUGGAGGUGGCGCUUAGGCAGACAUUAUAGAAGACAAAAUUAGGCUGCACUUUAAUGGACAAAAUAAUAACCUUGAUUAUAUUUAUCAAUAUUAAAAUUUUAAUUAUUCAUCAUGUUAGGUUUAGGUUGGUUGCUAAUUACUUGUCGCCGAGGUGAUCGCCGUAGUUAUGGAUCUUUUUGCCCAUACACAAUAGCCUCUAGCAUGGGUGUAAACCACUUUACUGCGAUUCAAGACAAGCUGCUGUUGAUUUUAAAAUGACUCGAUUUGAUACGCAGUAGACCCUGCUUUUUAAAUGUUAAUGUUGUCGACAAUCACCCUAAUUUAAUGUUUUUAUUCUCUCUGGCACUCAUCAAGGGCAGACGCAGCGCGGCCCUUUCCUCUCCCUUACCCCUCCGACAUUCUUUUUUGUCUUGUCUGUUCUUAACUUUCUUGUUGCCUGUAUUUGCACUGCUCUCCAAACCUAAACACUAGAAGUAUUUAACUAGCCUUAACAAAAUUGACAAGAUCUUUGGUUUGGGGGAACCUGCUUGUCGUGACGGAGCAGUUGUUGCUGGACACGCGACGAACUCUUGGGAGAAGAAGGAGUGCUGCGUGCCUGGCGACCCUUACAGUCGAGGACGUGAAGUUAUCCACCUAUUCGGAAUUAUGACAAUAGGACAUCUGCUGAUUGGAGUAAGUGUUGCUCUGGUUUGUCGACAAAUUGGACAUUUCUGGCAGCCUUCAAAGGACCCCAAAGCUGCCACAAAUGAUUGGAGGAUGCGGGAAGAACUGUGGCCACUCUUGUGAUUUGGAUAACAUCGGACUGUCUGCCCCGCAGAAUGAAUUUUUGAGUACCAGUCAUAGACAAUUUAGAAUGAAAAGCAAUUUUUUUUCACUCGCAAACAAAACAUUGUAACUUGGAUUGUUUCCCUAGCUUCGACAAUCUGCCGAAGGACAGUACGGCGAAGACACAACAAACUCCUUUCUUAUCUCUAACGGAGACAAACCUGUUGUUGUUGACUUUUGACUGACGAGCAACUGCACGACACCAAGGCCGUGGAACAGAGACACGCAGCAGCCUGAGACAGAUAUGCAUCCACAAAAAAAAUACGCUACACGCACAUACCCCACCCCCCAUCCAACGCCCUUGAUGCAAAUCCCUUAGGGGUGAUUGGCGGCUAGGCAGCGCCUGAAGAGCUGCAGCCUGCCACAGUAGUCCCGACUCCCUCUCCUCUGUUGCUAGAUAUCUCGAGAUGUAUGUUAUAAUAUGUAUAUGUGCUUUGCUAUGGAGGUUUUUUCCCACAAUAUAUCUUGAUUCUAGUUUUUUACUUAUCCUUCCCCAGCGUUUACCUUUUUCCCAUCUUUUACGAGGCGCCUUGUGGCGACCCAUUAGCGUUCCUGUUCUGUAACCCUGUACACUGUUUGUUGUACUUGUGCAAUGACAAUAAAGACCUACCUACCUACCUAAUUUAAUCGUAGCAGCCAAAAUGGUGAACUUGAAUAAAAUUGUAUUAAUUUUGCAGCCAUAACACAACAAUCUUUCGUACCUUGGAGAUGAAAAUAUACUAAAAUAUCAUAUCACGGUUAUUGUCACAAAAAUAAUUUAUCAAUAUUAUCACGGUAUUAUAUUCGUAAAUGUUUAAAAUAAAAUAAAAAGUACUUAUAUACACAGUAAAAAACAAUUACCAAGUUGUAUUAUGUUUUUUUAUUAAAACAAAAAACACAAUAUACUAUCCUUGAGAGAAGACACAAUUAUCAUAAUAACACGACUGCUUUCACAAAAUGAUGUUUGUACAUCCAGUUUAUGAGCCUUUACGUGGGUUCACUUCCUAUUAGACAAGUCCGUAUGUUGAUCUAUCAUUCUGUUCUAAGAAAUCUCAGUCUGUAACUUCAAUGUGCACAAUUUGCUCAUAGAGCAAUGUGUUUACAUAGGUUUUGUCACGACUUGGACUUGGGCAUGGAUUGUUUUUCCGAGGUAAAGGAAAGUUGGCACGGGCAAGACGUGAAUGUAAGUAUAUCAUUUAUUUUAACAUUAACAAACUACAAAAAAAGAAACCAAACAUAAGGCGCGCACAAUGGCGGACAACAAACUUGACUAAAGAAAACAAAGACUUGUACUAUGGCAUGUUAACGAAAACACUUACUGUGACUGAGACAAGGCUAUGAGAAAAAAACAGGUAGAGGUACAUGGCGGUAGAGGUACAUGGUGGUGGGUCCCCAGACCACGUGUCCCCGAAUCCCUGGGAAGGGCCAAAUCCAUGGCCGACGAGGAGGUCGGCGCCCUUGGCGUGGCGGACAACUACGUAGCGGCCGAAUCCGUGGCUGACGAGGAGGCCGGCGCCCUUGGCGUGGCGGACAACUACGUAGCGGCCGAAUCCGUGGCUGACGAGGAGGCCGACGCACUUGGCGUGGCGGACGACCACGUAGCGGCCACGCCCGGGGCCGACGAAGAUGCGAACGCGUCGUCAUCGUGGCAGGCGGCGAAGCUUGGCAUGGUGCGUCAGGCGGCGGGUCUUGGCGUGGCGGGUCUUGGCGGGUCUUGGCGUGGAACUUGGCGGCGUGGAGCUGCUACUAGCGGGACUGGAGCUUGGCGGCGUGGAGCUGCUACUGGUGACAUUGGAGUUUGGCGGCGAGGAGCUGCUACUGGCGGCACUGGAGCUUGGCUGCGUGGAGCUGCUACUGGCGGUACUGGAGCUUGGCGGCGUGGAGCUGCUACUGGCGGCACUGGAGCUUGGCGGCGUGGAGCAGCAACUGGCGGCACUGGAGCUUGGCGGCGUGGAGCAGCUACUGGCGGCACUGGAGCUUGGCGGCGUGGAGCAGCUACUGGCGGCACUGGAGCUUGGCGGCGUAUUGCAGGCAAUGGUACCUGUGAUGGUGCAGGCACUGGGGCCCGGCGUGGUGCAGGCACUGGGGCCCGGCGUGGUGCAGGCACUGGUGCUAGCCGUGGACUUGGUGCUAGCCGUGGACUUGGACUUGGUGCUAGCCGUGGACUUGGUGCUAGCCGUGGACUUGGACUUGGUGCUAGCCGUGGACUUGGUGUUAGCCUUAGAGUAGCGACAGGUGCUAGCUGUGGUGCAGCUAGCCGUGGUGCAGGUGGAGGUGGCCUAGCUGGGGUGUACGGCUUAGCAGGCCGAAAGACCGGUGGCGGCGGCCGUGCUAGAGGCUGUGGCUUGGCAUGACGAAGAACUGGUGGUGGCGGCCGAGCUAGAGGCUGAGCGACCCCACCUGAACAGCUCCCAGCCCCCCCCCUCAAGGAGCGGAUACCAGACGCGCUCCCCGCGGUCUGGAACAGUCCUUUAGGGUGGGUGAAGAGAGGUCAGGAGGGGGGCAGAAUCCUCCCCUUUGAAUUGUCCAAAAAGUAUUUUUUUUUUCUGCCUGAGAUCGAGUGGGUGAAAAAAAAAAUUGUGAUGGGGGCAGGGCUUGAGUCCUGUGGGGCAGGGCAUAAAAUUCAGAUGGCUGUGACUCAUUAUACCUAAUGUUCAAAAUCAUGUUUUGGUAAUAUUUUAUCAUGUUUAUGGGGCUAGAGUCUUUUGCCGGAGGCGGGUGAUCAGAAGAAAAAGUACUGAAAAAAAAAUCCAGGUCUGUGGUGUCGUCCGCUGACGGUGGCGUGACGUUGUCCUGGGAAAGCCGGGCAGGCCGCAGCCUAAUCCCGUCCGGAGGGGGAGGAGCUUGCGGGGACGACGCGUCCUGUUUGUUCGCGGAAAUCUUCCCUGACGUCUUUCAUCGGGGGCGGUGAUUCCGGGACUGCAGUGACACGGCGGUGAUCGGCACCAGUUUGCCGGUCAGACCCCACAUGAGGUCUCUGCGCUCCACGGAGGAACAACGCAGCGUCUCUUCCUCCAUCGCGCACAGGACCGCCCACGCUCCAUCUUACAACUUGUUUAGCACAGUAAUUGAGCAUGUUUUUACGAUAAUUAAAAUUUGAAACGGUAAUACUAACCGUUGGGAAUUUUAUUGCUGUUUAUCAUUAUUACAGCUAAUCGUUACAUCCCUAGUACCCAUACGUUUUACAAUUUAAAAAACUGUAUGAGUCAUCUGUGCUAAGGUAGCGACUUGUCCAGGGUGUACACCGCCUUCUGCCCAAAUGCGGCUGAGAUAGGCUCCAGCAAUCCUCAAACCCCAAAAAGGGACAAGCGUUAGAAAAUGGAUGGAUGGAGGAUGUAUGAGUCAUAUUAAAGGAGUAAAAAAAAAAAAGGCACUUGUAUUAGUGCUCCCAUUAUUCCAUUUUGUUUCACUAUUUUAUGUCGCGAGACUCUAGGGGGUACUUGAAAGUAUGCCAAGGGGUACAUGAGAUUUAUUAAAAAUAGCAACAAUUCAAAAAUCCUUUAUACAUUUAUUUAUUGAAUAAUACUUUAACAAAAUAUGAAUGUAAGUCCAUAAACCGUGAAAAGAAAUAUAACAAUGCAAUAUUCAGUAUUGACAGCUAGAUUUUUUGUGGACAAAUUCCAUAAAUAUUGAUGUUAAAGAUUUCUUUUUUUGUGAAGAAAUGUUUAGAAUUAAGUUCAUGAAUCCAGAUGGAUCUCUAUUACAAUCCCCCAAGAGGGCACUUUAAGUUGAUGAUUACUUUUAUGUGUAGAAAUCUUUAUUUAUAAUUGAAUCACUUGUUUAUUUUUAGUUAUUUUUAUAUCUUUUUCCCAAAGAGUUCAAGAAAGACCACUACAAAUGAGCAAUAUUUAGCACUGUUAUACAAUUUAAUAAAUCAGAAACUGAUGACAUAGUGCUGUAUUGUACUUCUUUUUCUCUUUUUUUCAACCAAAAAUGCUUUUCUCUGAUUAGGGGGUACUUGAAUUAAAAAAAAUGUUCACAGGGGGUACAUCACUGAAAAAAGUUUGAGAACCACUGGUUUACGCAAGACAUGAACAUUUUUGUUGUUGUCCGUAGAGUUAAAGUUAUUCAUUUCUUUUUCUGAAGUAUCUUUUGAAUCAGAGUAAAUCAAAGCCUCGUGUGUCGCUCGUAGAAAAACAAAGCAAAUCAGUUUGUGGCCAAUACAGCACAAAAAUGCCUCAGUCUUUGAAUAGAGACAAAACAAGCCAUGUUAAAAUGAAAGGUCCUCCAAUGUUUUUCUUAAACAGUACAUAUGAAUGUGUGCUGUAUGCAAACGGCAGAUAAGAAGAAUGUACGUCCCAACAUACCCACUCUGUUCCUCCAGCUCGUCUUUCCUGUUCAUCAUGGCAACAAUGGCCUGACGCAGCUCCACUGCAACGAGAGGUUGGGACAACUAUGAAUACAUGCGGAAUUCUGGCUAACAUGACAGAGAGGAUGAACAAGAGCAGGCAGACAGAAGGAAGGGAUGGAAAAACUGAGAAACACUCACCGACUGUCAUGGACUCUGGCAGAUCAGAUGCUGGCAGCCUGGUGCUGAGUGGAACAGACAGCGCCAAAGCACUGGACUCCAUACUGAAAUGCAUCAAUAUUCUGAAUGUCAAAGUUUUUUUAUGUGUUAAAGCUGCGGAGCAGAUGGCUUAAGUCUAAUACUCUCAAGGAUGAGCGUCUUCUUUACACCAUAACACAUCCGACAUGAAUGGAGCAGAUGCUUACUUUGGCGGUAGAAGUGAUCUUAGGCUAUCAGAGUUCUCCACAGGUGCAGUUGACUCACACUGAGCAGGAAAGGCCGCCGAGUCCUCUACUGAGUUGACUGAAACGAUACAGAAAUGAAAGUGAAGGUAAAGAGGAACAGAAAUGUUCAUCUGUUGGUAUAUGGAUAGCUUGUACAGCAGCCUGUGACAGCUGCUGCUGAUGCUGCACACUGACUUUCAUUCUUGCAUGGAUCGCUAAAUUGCUGCUGAUGUGAAGGUAUUAAUAAAUAUGUAUGAAUAAAAGUGUAACAACAUGUGCCCACAGAAAAUACAUUACAUUAGUGCGUGUGCCCUAGUGAACGAAGCAAGGUCGAUAAAUGCAGGCUUGAAUGAGUUUGAUGUGGAAGAACUUGGGAGGCCUGACUUCAAACCCAUCCAACACCUCCGGCAAAACCUCGAACAGAGAUUCUCAGGUGACCACAAAAAUGUUUUUUUAUGGAUGACAAGAGAAAAAGAUCUCCACUCAAAGUUUUUAGGACAAAGCCUUGCCAGAUGUGCAUCAAUUAGCAAAUUUGUACGAUAAUUUCACCCUGCUGUGUAUGUGACAUACUGAAUUUGUAAACAGCUAAAAUUAUACACAAAGCAAACUGUAACCUGCUAUCCAAGAAUAUACAACAAUUUUUCUCAAAAAAAGAGGAGAAAUAAUAUCUUAGAGAAAAAUUUAAUUUAAAACAUUUGGUAUGCACGUGCAACACUUAAGACCUUCAGUACAUCUGUAUGUGGAAUUAAAUUAUAGGAUGGAUUAAGCAAAGCAAUCAAACAAUGUACUAAUAUGAUCCACUUCAAGAAACUCUUCAAACUUAAAGGGUUUACAAAGUACAAAGAAGAAGAACCAUGAUAAACAUUCUGAAUUUAUUUCAUCCAUCCAUUUGUUAUUUUUUCCAAAAUAAUCUUACUCAUCUCACACUAUAUGAAAUAUAACUUACUUCAUCGAGUAUUAUUUAUUUAUUUAUUUUUAUUGUGAUUACUUAUGGAGUAUAUUGUGAAAAAAUUGAGAACAGGAAGUGAACAAAAGUUUUAGCAACUGUUAAGUAAAAGAAAAGGGGUAGGAUUAAAUAAGGUCUGCUUCUUCCUACUCCUUUUCGAACAUGUUGAAAAGAGAAACUGGAAAUUGUGAUGUAUCAUGUUGUAUGCUUGAAUGUUCAAAAUAAACUCAAACUCAAACUAGAGUAGAAGCUGUUACAGCUGCAAAAAAAGGACUGACCACAAAA